GUCUGGAGGCUGCAGCAGGUCUGGAGGCUGCAGCAGGUCUGACUUGGACUCUUUACUGUUUACUUUUUAUUAAAAAUGUAAUAUUUUAUUUUGAAAGGUCACCUUAAGCACCUUUUAAAUAAAAUAUAUAUUAUAAAUACGGCUCUGCUCCAAACCAGGCCGUUGCCAUGGUUACUGCUUCACUCCGGUCCGUAAAGUUCAGACAUGAAGCUGCAGGAUCCAAACCGGAUCCGGACCCACAGCUGAGGACCUGCAGCAGAACCAGUGGAGGUGAUGACGACACCACCUCCACCCAGAACUCUGAUGGUUCCACCAAGUUCUGACUGAUUGGACCAGGAGACGUUCUGACCGCCGGUUCUGGUCCGGUUCUGGAUGAAUGAAUGCACUGAGCUGCUACCUUCUGAUUGGAUGUUUUCCAGAUGUUCAGGCCGAGUUCUGCUGAUGAUCUGGCCUGAGCCGUGGCUCCGCCUCCAUUGUUCUGUGGUUCUGACCCGGUUGGGUCGAGAAAACCACUGAAACACAGAUUUCCUUUAAAUCCAGUCUACAAACCCAGAACUGCUUUGAUUCGUAAUAACUGAAUCUGGUGUGAUUAAAACUUUCCCACUUUUCUUUGCCUCCUUCUAUUCUGCCAGAGUAAUGUGAGCUUUGUUAGAUUUAUUAUGUGAGGUUUAUAUUUGGCUGCCUGGUUCCGGAAUGUGCGACAAACAAACUGGAAGAGGAAGAAAAUAUUCUCUUUGGCGCCGCCCAGAGGACAAACAGAGAAGUGCCGUUUGACGGACAGCGAGUCUUUUUCUUCUCACUGAACUCAGAUCCGUAAUUAUCACCGUUACUUAUUUACAGCCACUAAUAUUGUUUUAGAAUAUCUGAAAAGCUUCAUAUUCGCUGCUUUUCAUUUCAGACACUGAAAUAGAAACAUUUAGAAUGAACAUUUCAAAAAGAAUAGUCCUGUUUUUAUAUUUUCAGCUUUUCUUUCAAAGGCAUUUUCUUGUGUUGACCAACUUAAGCUGAUUCAGGAAACAUCCGUCUGGACGCCAGGAGGCGCUGUCCGUCACUAUGACGUCACAAUGACGUUGUGUCAGAGUCACAUGAUUAAACAGGAAGAAAGGCGAUCGGUUCCGGACCGAACCAGCUGCUGAUUGAAACCGAGUCCGAACCUGGAUUUUACUUUGAAAGAAUCAGCGCGAGGGAAGGUAGGAGCUGCUGUGGCGCGAGCUGACAGGUGACCAGACACGUGGCUGCGCGAGACCAGUAUGGAGGAUGAUGAACUUCCGCCAGAGGAUGGGCUGGGUGGGCGUGGCUCUCUUCCUGCUGCUCAGCAUCAUGGCCGCCUACGUGGUGUUUGAGGUGGUCAGUCUGGAGCGCGUGCAGAGCGACGGCUCGGUGGCGCUGCCCCCCGCCGUGUCCGCCCACUUGCCGCCGCUUCCUGUGUGGGCGUGGGCCUCCGUCUUCCUGGUGCCGUACCUGCAGCUCUUCCUCUUCCUGUUUUCGUGCACCAGGGCGGAUCCCCGCGCCGUCGGUUACUGCGUGCUUCCUGUCUGCAUCUUCCUGCUGUGCAGCCGCCGUGACGCGCCCAAACCAGCCAAUCACAGAGCCGGAUUACUCAUUCACAUGUAGACAGAUGGAGUGUGAUGUCACUUCCUGUUCCAGUAAACAAACUUAGCGUCUGCACCACUCUCAGCACAGACUGUCGCUCCCUGCUGACCAAUCAGAGAGCAGCAAUUUCUGUUAGUUUUUUCUGUAUUUAAUGACGUGACGCACUGGUUACCAUGGCAACUUUAAUAUGACAUUAAUAAAACGAAACAUGACGUUUCACAGCA